AUGGAUGAAGAUGACUCAGAUCAUGACAUUGGCGAUCACUACGAAUGGGAACCUCCUGUAGUACCAGCACCUCCAAAUCUUUCUGUGCGUGUGCCAGUACCCGCAUGUAAUGAGCACAAUGACACCUUGCACCCACCUACUGCAGAUCAGGGCCAAGAUGCUUGGCAUACGGCUCAGCAGCGACUUCGUGAACACGAACAGGCACCCAUAAUUGUCCAUUACCCUGAUAUACGAGCAGGACAGCCUGUCGAAACCAUCAAGCAGCCAAGCAAUGCAACAUACCAUGCACAGCUUAAUGGCGUGAGUGCAGACAACAUCUACGCUCCAUUUGCCUCAAAGCUUGAUUGGGAUAUGGCUCGAUGGGCAAAAUUACGAGGUUCAAGCUCAACUGCAUUCGAUGAACUUGUCUCUAUUGAGGGUCUUAGCGAAAAGAUCGGUCUUUCCUUCAAGAAUACAUGGGAGCUGAACAAGAUCAUCGACGAUGAACUUCUGGGUCAUCCAAAAUUCAAAUGUGAUCAGAUUGUUGUCGCCAAUGAAGCGUUUGAUGUCUACUAUCGCGAUAUCAUUGAAUGCAUCAAGGCUCUUUUCAGCGAUCCGAAUUUUGCUGACUUCCUGGUCUUUGUGCCUGAACACCGCUAUGCCAACGAAGAUGAGACGAUUCAUUUAUAUCAUGAGAUGCAUACCGGAAAAUGGUGGUGGAAUAGUCAGGUUGGUAUUAUAUAUCUUUUAUGA